AUGUCGAGCGAGCCAGGCGACCCUCGCGAGUCUGCCGAGCCGCCCUCGGCCCACCUCAAGCGGCAGGCGUCCCUCACCGCCGCCGCCCUCAGCUCCUCCGCCGAGCUUGCCCGCAAACGGGCCCGCGUCGCCGACGACGACGACGUCGUGCUCGUCUCCAGCGACUCGCAGCGCUUCCCCUUCUCCUCUCGCCUUCUCCUCGCGAGCUCAUCCGCCUGGCAAACCAUCCUCCCGCCACUCGCCGUCGUCCAGCAAGGUUCAACGACCUCGUUACCCGACGCGCGGUGUGCCAAGCCGGUCGUGCAAGAGCUGCCCGAGGUCCACCUCGACGAGUCGGCCGACACCCUGUCGUACCUCCUCCACUUCCUCGAGCCCGCCCCGGCACAAGCCCGCCCUCUCAGCUUUCCUCGCGACUGGGAGCUCAUGCGCGCCCUCGAGCGGUACUCGGUUUGGCGAGGAAUCGACCAGAUGCAGGCCGCUCUCUCGCAGCAGCAUCUCUCGACCGCCCUCCUCGCGCCAGCCUUUGUCUUCUCGCAGCUCUUCUCGCUCCCGAGCCUCGAGCACGACGUCGCGCAUGCAGCGGGCAGGCGGUGUGCGGCCGAUCCGGCGGCGGGGGCGGUCAUCGCGGAGGGGCUGGUGCAGGGCGUCGAGGAGACGGGGUGCGAGCUCGGCAAGCUCUCGCACCUUCUCCGGCGCACCUCGUCGCUCGCCGCGCUCCGCGCUCGCGCGCUCGACGCCCUGCGCGCGUUCGACGCCGAGUACGACUGCGAGCACUCGUGUCGCGGCAUGACGUACGGGCACCUCGUCGACGCGCUCACGACGACGAGCAAGAAGCGGCUGCGCAAGCUCGACUAUGGCGUCGACGACGGCGGCGAGGAUGGCGCGGGCUCGGGCGGCAUCAAGCAGCUUCCCGAAUGCCCGUUCUAG